GAUUUAGAAGGAAGUUUAUAGUGAUUUAUUAAUUUACUGAAAAAAAUAAAUAUUACAAAAUAAAAUAUUUAUCAUAAUAAAUUUGUGUGUAUUAUAUAUAUUUUUUAUUUCAGGUCUAAAAUAGAUUAUUGUGAUGUAGCCUUUGCCCUACAUGUUGGAAAAGGAGGAAGGAGAUGUGUGUGUGAGUGAGUGAGUGUGUGUGUGUGUGUGUGUGUGUAUAUAGUGUGUGUAGUGAGUGUGUGUGUGUAUAGUGUGUGUAGUGUGUGUGUAUAGUGUGUGAGUGUGUGUGUAUAGUGUGUGUGUGUUAAGAAAAUAAAGCGAAUUAUUACAGAUUGUAGAAAUGCCAUCAUGGUUGGACAUUGGUGUGUGGAAGGUGUGUGUGGAUCUUCUCACCUCUACACACUGUACUGCAGUCCUGGGAGCAGUUACAGCUUCACUCCUCCUUCUGUAUGGAAAGAACAAGGCUCAGGUUCCUGCGCUGGUGUGUGCGGACGGAUUCCGGGUGUUUCUACACACACACUGCCCCGUCGUCUCGGAGAGGUUUUGCCCCACGCCCUGGUGCUGGGGCGGCCGAAUGCAGACCCUCGUGCGGGUCAUGAUCAAGUCCUGCCCUGCUAUCACCUAUCGCAGCGAGAUGAUCAGGACGGAAGACGGCGGUCAGCUCUGUCUAGACUGGGCCGAUAACACGGACAGCGCCAACUACCCGCAGUCCUCCACUCGGCCCACGGUGCUGAUCCUGCCCGGGCUGACGGGGAACAGCCAGCAGACGUACGUCCUGCACAUGGUCCAGCAAGCCGUGCAACACGGGUACAGGUGUGUGGUGAUGAACAACCGAGGUUUCGGAGGAGAGGAGCUGUUGACUCCUCUUACGUUCUGUGCUGCCAGUACUCAAGAUGUGGAGACAGCUGUCAAUCACGUGAAAAAGCUCCACCCACAGGCCCCUCUGCUGGGAGCCGGGGUGUCAUUAGGAGGCAUGUUGCUGCUGAAUUAUCUGGCGCGUAAAGGAUGCGACUCAAAGAUGAUCGCGGGGCUCACCAUGUCGGUGAUCUGGAACUCGUUCGAAUCGUCCAGAUCCCUGGAGGAGCCAAUCAACAAGCUGCUUUUUAACCGCCAUCUCACCAACAACCUGUGUCACACCAUCAACAGACACAGAACGAUCCUGGAGAAGGUGAUAGACGUGGACAAUGUAUUAAAGGCACGUACCAUCCGCGAGUUCGACGAGCGCUUCACGUCUGUAAUGUUCGGCUACAAGUCGUGCGCUGAUUAUUACCAGGAUGCCAGUCCAGGAUACAAACUGCCGCAGAUAUCCGUCCCGAUUCUGUGCCUCAAUGCCACCGAUGAUCCUUUUUCCCCGGAACACGCUUUCCCGGUCGCUCCGGCUCAGCACUCAGCUAACAUGGCGCUCCUCCUGACGUCACACGGGGGGCACAUCGGCUUCCUCGAGGGGCUUUUCCCGCGCGGCCGAGGCUACAUGGAUCGAGUGUUCGGGCUGUUCGUCCGAGCCUGUUUCGAGCAUCAGGAGGACCUGAAAGAGGCCUGCGGCACCAGCACGAGCUCAGAUUAACCACUACAAACACAAUCGAUGAACCACUUGUACACCUCUCAUGAAAUAGAGUUAGAACUAAAAACCACGCUUGAAGUGUUGAGAUUUUUUAUACAGACAUACAAGUGAGUUUCUGAUGGUGUUUAUUAGGUAAAAUGGCAAAAAACCAAAAACAAUGCUAUAACUCACAGCUAUAUGUAAAAGUAAAAAUCUUAUUUGCAUAUUAUUUUUAGAAUGAGUUUUAGGAUGAUAUUCUGUUCUUACAAUGUUAAGCUCCGCCCAAAUGUUCUUGUCUUAUAAUGUUAAGCACCACCCAAAAGUUCUGUUCUUACAAAUGUUAAGCCCCAUUCCAUAUGUCCACUUUAUAUAAUGUUAAGCCCCGCCCAUAUUCCCCUUAUCUCACAAUGUUAAGCACUGUCCAAAUAUGACCUCUUUAUACAAUUUUAAGCCCCACCAAAUUUUACUCUUCAUGCAAUGUUAAGCCCCACCACAAAUGUCCUCUUCUUACAAUGUUAAGCCCCGCCACAUUUGUCCUCUUUUUACAAUGUCAAUCCCCGCCCCCAAAUGUUUUUUUUAUACAGUGUAAAGCUCCGCCCCAAAUGUCCACUGUAUACAAUGUUAAGAUCUAGUUUGACUCAUAUUUUUUCAAAUGGACAAAGGCUCUGUAAUUCACAUUCUUGUUUUUCAAUAGCGAAUAAGAAAAUGCACAAGCGCAACGUACACGAGUCGUAUCCCACCCUAAUUCACUUGAUUUUCAGGAAAAAUUUUCAAGAGGCAUCUUGUUAAACAUGUGAAUUGGUGGAAUGGACCAAAUAUUUCAUAGGGGGAUUUUUAAAAAUUUACGGAAAAGUAUCACUUCAAAACGAGACGUGAAACAGAUUCACCUUUUGCCUUCUGCCAGAACUGGAAUUGUAGUUUUUGAAGUAUUUUAGAUUGUAUGUCUGUAUUUGAAGGAUUAUAAUUUAAUGGUCUUUGUAAAAGUGAAACAUUUGUCUUGCUGCCUAUAAGAAUGUUUGAUCUAUAAUAUAAAUGACUUUUGAACCACUGAA